AAUAGCGAUCCUCGCUGAAAAUACAAACACCACAAUAACGCCCGCGGCCGUUUCGGCUAGAACGGUGACCCGUUUGUGCCUUGUGGUGGGACGAGUCUAAAUAGAAUGCCUAUACCGACCCAGAAUAUUCAUAUAGAAUAACGACGAAAUGCUGGAAUCACUUGAUUGUAGUUGGCAAGAUAAGAUGUUGAUAUAUACCCGGAUUGCGCCCCCUAAGGUGCCAAAGAGACGAUCUAGAGCUGGUUGCACAUUUUGCAAAGAGAAAAAGAAAAAAUGCGACGAGAAACGCCCGAAAUGUGCACGAUGCGCCGAAAAGAAUCUGCACUGCACAUACGAAGCGGUAAAGCCCCGUCAACGGAGAAAGAGAGAAUAUUCGCCGUCCGAUCUUUCCCAAAGUCACCGAGUAGCGUACGAGUCAAUACGAGAUCAAGCUGAAUGGAGGGAGAUUACGAUUAGGGAAAUAUCCGAGUCCGAUCUGAGCCCAAUUAACACCAAGUUCAGCAGGAUGUCGCCGGUGAACUAUUCGACUAUGAGCAACGGCGCUCUCUCUCCAAUUGACACCAGUCCCACAGUCUUCGAGUUUGACAUUCCAGAUAACACCGAGGAAAUAGAGGACGUGGUACGGCGAGACUCAGAGACGAGCGUGGCAUCCCAACCGCGAUCGCUACAGCCAGACCUCGCCAUGAUCGCGCCCUGUCCCGUUGGGUCUCCGAGGCUUGAAUUCGUGUUGCCAGUAUUCGGAGAAUUUUCCGACCGACUCAACCGGCGUGGCCUAGUUGACCAUUUCUGCAACGUACUGUCACAUCUGAUCGUCUUCCGGGAGGAGUCGGGCAACCCCUUCCAGCAACUGGUGCUGCCGCUCUCGCACACCAGCAUGCCGAUAAUGAACGCCAUAUACGCGCUCGCGAGCGCGCACCUCGAGUACCGCGGCGUCGAGACGUCCGAGAAGUCGCUGUAUUUCCACAAUAAGGCGAUACAGGGCUUGGCCAGGCUAAUCGAGAAAGAUGACAAGGUUGACAAGAUCGAGCUUCUGGCUGCGAUCAUGCUACUGGUGUAUUACGAAGUACUUGUCCAACGGGGCCGAUCGAAUAUAGUGGAUGGACAUCUUAAAGGGGCUCUAACCAUCAUGUCGUCCUCCCAGACACAAUCCACCCCCGCCAGUCUCUUUUUAGAACGCGCCUUCCGCUUCUACGACGUAAUCACCGCCCUAUCCCUCGGCUCCGCCCCCCUCUCCACCGCCCCCGCCGCCGGCUGCCUGCUCCCCUUCCCCCCCCUGGACGCGUCCACCGCCUCGCCCAUGAGCAACGUCGACACCCUCCUCGGGAUGGCCACGACCCUCUGGCCGCUCAUGCACCGCCUGUCGAACCUGCUCUCGCUGCGCGACGACAUCGAGCGCGCGUCCCGCGCCAACCAGACCUCGAAGAGCGCCGUCCUGCGCAUGGAGUUCGAGACGACGUCGCAGGCGAUCGAGACGGCGCUGACGCAGUGGGAGCCGUGCCUGCCGCCGGGGAUCGUGAUUGAGGAAGGGAUGCUGAAGCUGCGGAGGGGGAGGGGGAGGGGGGGCGAGGAGGAGGAGGGGGGGGAGGAGGUCCCCGAGCAGCUGCAGUCGAUCCUGCACAACGCGCUGGCGUACCGCCACAGCGCGUUCGUCUACCUGUACCGGACGAUCUACGGGCAGGCGCCGCGGCGCGCGGGCGUGCAGGCGCACGCGCACGCCGCGCUCGUCCACUGCGCCGAGACCGUCGCGCACAAGGGGCCCAUGGGCGCGCUGCUGUGGCCGCUGUUCGUCGCUGCGUGCGAGGCCGUCAGCGACGAGGACAGGGGGCUCGCGAGAAGAGCGUUCGCGGGCAUCGAUCAGAGGCAGGGGAUGACGAAUAUUGGCCAGGCGUGGAGCAUCAUCCAGGAGGUCUGGAACAGGCUUGACGGCAUGGGCGAGGAGGCGCCGGCGGCGGAUCACGGGGAUCUGUGGAGGAAGGUCAGUGCCGAGAUGGGCGUGAGCAUUGUUUUUGGUUAGGACAAGGAGUGCCUGGCCCUGGAGGCAUUGACGCUGUUGAGGAUCGUGAUGGCGAUGGCAUCAUCACGCCGAGUAUUGCCUUACCUAUACUUAUGACGACUUUACUACGAGGAGGUAGAAUUCCUGCCGCCUUUCCGAUCAUGAUACUGUUAUACCAUCACGAAUAGCCGGAGAAUGGCCCGAUGCAGUACAAAUGGUUCCGGUGGUCUC